AUGGCACCAACAGAAGAGUCCAUCUUGAGCAACUUCCUGCUCUCGCCAGCACCGCUGCCGACAAUGAUGUCGCUGCAGAAGUUCACAGAACUCUUUCCAAAGCGCCUUCGCAAUCACCCGCACAUCAGGACCCUGUACCGGGAGCUACAACAAGUUCGCGAACAGGAUAUGGACAGAGUCAAUGAAAACAUUGACAAUGAAAUCAAGCAAAGUGACAAGCAGAAAGCUGAGCUACGCAAAGCCUAUCUUGCCACUGGAGUCGAGGUCUCGAGUAACAAUGAGCAGCGCGAGGUCGACAUGGAUCUUCAUCUGUUUGGUCAGACGCAGUCUGCCGCACCGGAAGAUUAUCACUCGGUGGAUAGCUUGCUGGCUGCAAUGGAGACUGCUAGCACCAAUAUUGAGCAGGAAAUUGCUGCCAUUGACCGAGAGGCGGCGGGGAUCUUGGCUCAACUUACUACUACUGUUGGGGAUAUGAGUGAUCUCCGUUAUGGCAAAUUGCAGGGUCCAGCUGGGACUGCUGAUGAUAUGGCCAAUGAGGCUAUCAAGGGUCUGCAGAACUUGGAAGAUUCUUGCUAUAAGCAUAGCAUGUCUUGA